AUGGCUCCGGCCCGAGCGCGUGCCCGCGCCGCAACAACGAAGCUUGAUGCCAGUGCGCGCCGCCGCGCCCAGCGCCUGGAACAGUUCAAGGCCGACCAGCGCGAACUGAGACACAAGAUCGAACUGCUCCCCAUCCUGGAAGAGGCCCUUGAGAAAGAACAGGAAGCCGUUGAAUCGUGGACCAAAUGCCUCGAGGACGCCCAGGACUUUAUCCGCGAAGUAGACGUCGAGAAGGCGAAGAUCAAGAAACAGAUCUGCAAGAGCCUCGAAGACUUUCCUCGCCACCUGGAGUGUCCUCUGAUGCGCCGCGCCGUCGGAUUCCAGGAGAAGAUCGCCGACAGCCGCGGUCGUGUGCGCGACAUGAUUACCGACACGGAGAUGAAGCUGGGCGCGUCCAGAGGCCGCAUCGACACGGUGCGACUGAAGCUGCAGGCCACCCGACGCCGCAUCCAGUACCUGCGCCGCAAAAUCAAAGCCGCUGAAAAGUCUCUACCACCAUCAAUCCGCGAAUCCACGGAAUAA